GAUUUUAACAUUUAUAUUUGAAUGCACAAUCUAAGCAGCUCAAGCAGGUGACCCGUUGGGCUUUAAGAGGUUUUAUACAUCCAAAGAACUUGUAGAAAAACUAGACCAUGCUUCUACUUGAGACCUGCGUUUACUUGUCAAAACGUGUAGCCACACGUGUGGUGUAGCCUAAGGGACAAGUUUUACGGUAAAUGUCUGACUCUCAUUGGGAACAGGAGUAAAAAAAAUCACUGUUGGGACAACCUUUAGACUUGGAGAGCCAUUAGUUUUUUCUGUUUUCCGUUUCUAAGCAGUGAUUGUUGAUCUGGAUUGUUCUGGACGGCCUCUAUUUUCAGAGAAGACGAUACCGUCUCAGUCAUGUCAGAGAUGUUUGUACCAACAGAGGAGGUAUCAGGUGUUUCCUGGUAAUCUUCCAGAAGACAGAUCUUUCAUGAAAGGGAUGCCCAGGGGGGGACAACUGGACCCUAGGUCCUUGUCCUAAUUUAGACUCGAGGUCUUUCUUCGAGGCAGACCGCUGAUGGUCACAGUUGGUGUCCCGUUUCAUCUGACUGUUCGGAAAAGAGCUUUCAGAAGCAUUCCAGUCCAGCUCCUCCUCAGCCUGAACCCAUCUUCACCUAGUUUCCAGUUCCCCUGUUUGUGUAUCUGGGAUAAUCCUCUGAUUAAUUAUGAAAAUAAUGUCUGUGUGCCUUGUCCGUGAAAAUGUGUGUUUCUCUGCAGGCGUUGAAGCUAAACAAACACCAAGAUGUCUGAGAAAAAGAUGUCUUCGAGUCGCAAGCAUCAUCUCAAGAGCUUGAUGCUGUCCAUCGCCAAAGGUUUGCUGGAGGAUGAAGAGAGGGAGCGAGAGGAGGAGAGGGCGAGGUACAUGGCUGAGAACUGUCCUCCUGUGUCCAUGCCCAGGAGCAUGCAGGAGCUGCAGGAGCUGUGCAGAGAGAUCCACCACAAGAUCGACGUGAGCGAUGAGGAGCGAUACAACCUGGAGAUGAAAGUCAAUAAAUGCGACAAGGAGAUUGACGACCUGAAGAUCAAAGUUCAGGACCUGAUGGGCAAGUUCAAGAAGCCCGUCCUGAGGAAAGUGCGUAUGUCCGCUGACGCCAUGCUGAAAGCUCUGCUGGGCUCCAAGCACACGGUCAACAUGGAACUGAGGGCCAACCUGAAGCAGGUCAAGAAGGAGGUGAAAGAGGAGGAUAAGGAACUCCGUGACGUUGGUGACUGGCGCAAAAACAUUGAAGACAAAUCUGGCAUGGACGGGAGGAAGAAGAUGUUUGAGGGCGAGGCUUAAAUCAGUGUCUUAUCUGACAAAAACUGCAUCGGCUUUUAAUAAACCUGCAAUAUUUUUAAUUCCUGUUUAUCAUUGCCUGGCUUAAUCAGAAAAGUAAUGAGAGCACAAAUACAUUUUUUUUAAACUGCCUUGUGAGCUGUAGACACUUUGACCGA